AUGGCCCUUGGAAGGCCGCCAAGCACCGAGAGUACAUGGCGGGAGGCUCUUGCAACGUUGGCGAAAGAACAGACCGAUCUCUCUUGCACCGUCAUCAGAUGCAGCUUUGCAAUCAAAGCUUGCGGCAAGGCUACGCGAUGGCCAUGUUCGCUGCAAAUAUUUUCUGCCCUGGCCGGGAAGCGCCUGGAAGCAGAUGUGAUUGCUCAUAGCACCGCCAUUGUCGCGUGUGGACAUGCUGCACAGUGGCAGCUUGCCAUUGCAAUCCUUGCGAACAUGGAUUUGCUCUACGUUGAGCUGGACGUUGUGGCGUUAGGCUCUGCAGCCAGUGCUUGCGAGAAGGCUGCCAACUGGCAGUCUGCCAUGGCAUUGUUGGGCGACGCUUGGACAAGGAGACUCCAGGGAAGCCUUAUCCUCUUCAACUCGGUCCUCAGCGCCUGCCAGAAGAGCAGCCGCUGGGCUGAGGGGGCAGCCCUGGUCUCGCAGAUCUCUUCUUGGAGACUCCGGCCCGACCUUAUCACCUACAACACAGCAUUGAGGACACUGGCGGAGUGUCAGUGGUCGAGAAGCAUCGUCCUUUUCCUCCGCUUGUUGCAGAGCGCGCUGCAGCCAGAUAUCGUCACGUACGGCUCCCUAAUCACGGGGCUGCAGCUGGCAGGGGAGUGGCAGCGCGCGCUCCUGGCCUUCAGCCGGGCAAGGCGCCUCGUGGAAGUCAACAUCGUCAUUUACAGCGCGGCCAUCAGCUCCUGCGAAUCUGUGGCUGACUGGCAAGGUGCAUUGGUUCUUUUCGCUUCGCUUGUCGCAGACAGGCUACAGGCCGAUGCAACAACAUGUGCCUCCUUGUUGACCGUUUGUGCGCGAGCAGGGCAAUGGCAAGUGGCACUUGCCUUGCUUUCACAGACCUGUGAAAGGAGCCUUCUUCCCAGUCUGAUCCUGUACAACUGUGCCAUCAGCGCAUGCGAGGCUGCAUCUCAGACGCGGAAAGCUUUGGAAUUGCUGGCCGUCCUGCACUGCAGCCGAUUGCAGCCGAGCAUGGUAACUUAUAGCACGGUCACGAGCGCCUGCGCCAAGUCUACGGAAUGGCUUUCAGCGUUGAAGUUCUUGAUGAAGAUGAACCACCCCGACCUCUCUGCAAAUGUUGUGGCAUACGGAGCUGGCAUCCGUGCAUGCGAGCGGGCAGCUAAGUGGCAGCACGCCCGUGCGUUACUUCAGCGCAUGGCCUGCAGCAACCUACUGGCCAAUGUCAUUGCCUACGGCUCUGCAACCAGCGCAUGUGAAAGGGCGGGCGCGUGGCAUGCAGCUUUGCAGCUGCUGUCUGCGACAUCGACCAGGGUCGUGGAAUCCGACAUUGUCCUGCACAAUUCCGUCCUGAGCUCCCUCCGCGAGGGAUUGCAGUGGAUUGACAGCCUUGGAGUGUCACAUAACAGCCAAGCCCUUGAAGCAUUGCCUGGCCUGUCCGAGUUGUGA